CGCCCUAGAGACGGCUCGCUCCUUUGGCGGGACAGACCCAAGUUGGGAGCAGCUGUGGGCGCCUGGCCUUCGAGAUGAGACCCGCUGUGGCCCUGUACCUCCUCUGGCAGGCGCUUUGGCCCGAGCCCGGCAGUGGCGAGCACCCCACCGCCGACCGCGCGGACUGCUCUACCUCGGGGGCCUGCUCCAGCUUGCACCACUCUACCAUCAAGCGGCUGGCUGCGGAGGAGGCCUGUAUUCUGCGUGGCGGGGUGCUCAGCACCGUGCACGGGGGCGCAGAGCUGCGCAUUGUACUAGCGCUCCUGCGGGCAGGCCCCGCGCCCGCCGAAGGCUCCAAAAAGUUUCUGUUCUGGGUCGCGCUGGAGCGCGGGCGUUCCCAUUGCACCCUGGGGAACGAGCCAUUGCGGGGUUUCUCCUGGCUGUCCCCCGACGCCGGCGGGUCCGAAAGCGACACGCUGCAGUGGGUGGAAGAGCCUCAACCCUCCUGCACUGUGAGGAGGUGUGCGGGACUCCAGGCCACUGGGGGCGUCGAGCCUGCAGGCUGGAAGGAGACGCGAUGCCACUUGCGCGCCAAUGGCUACCUAUGCAAAUACCAGUAUGAGGGCCUGUGCCCCGCGCCGCGCCCCGGGGCCGCCUCAAACUUGAGCUACCGCGCGCCCUUCCAGCUGCACAGCGCGGCGAUGGACCUCAGCCCCCCAGGGACCGAGGUGAGUGCGCUUUGCCCUGGGCAGCUCUUCAUCUCAGCCACCUGCGUCGUGGACGAGACCGGCGCGCGCUGGGAAGGGCUCUCCCCCGGGGCGGUGCUCUGUCCUUGCCCCGGGAGGUACCUUCGCGCUGGCAAAUGCGCGGAGCUCCCUAACUGCCUAGAGGACUUGGGAGGCUUUGCCUGCGAAUGCGCUGAGGGCUUCAAGCUGGGGAAGGACGGACGCUCUUGUGUGACUAGUGGGGAAACACAACCUACGCCUGGAGGGACCAAGGCACCCACCAGGCGCCCGCCGGCCACCGCAUCCAACCCAGUGCUGAAGAGAACGCAGUCACCCAGAGUACACCAGAAGUCAUCCAUACCCCAUGAUGCUGGAGAAGGAAGUUCAACAUCUGCUCCCCAGAUUCCUCAGUGGGGGGCGCAGAGCACUUCGUCUACCCUUCAGAUAUCCUCUCAAGCAAAGUCAAAGGCCACCACGGUCCCAUCAGAAAGCGUGAUUCCCAAGUUUGAUUCCACGUCUCCCCCUGCCAUUCCCCAGUCUUUUAACUCCUCUUCCUCCACUGUAGUCUUCAUACUCGUGAGCAUAGCAGUAGUAGUGUUGGUGAUCCUGACCAUGACGGUUUUGGGGCUUUUCAAACUAUGCUUUCACAAGAGCCCUUCCUCCCAACUAAGGAAAGGACCUUUGGCUCCGCAGGGUGUGCAGAGUGAUGCUGAGGCGGCAACUUCGCACUCCAGUCCUGCACAUUGCACCGAAAAUGGGGUGAGGGCCAGGGACUGUGGUCUGCGGGACAGAGCAGAGGAUGCCUCGCUGGCUGGGUCCUCUCUUGGCUCUGACAACACAUAGGGAAAUGGCACAUGGACACUCCUUAUGCGCAGUUUUUUUCUUUCAAUGAAAAUGAAGGGAAGCGAGGAACUUUCCUUGGGAUUUGACGAUUAUUGCAGAAAAUCCCUUUCCUCUGAAUUCCCUCUACUUCGCUGAAACGCUAAGCCCA